UCUAAAUGUGUCCCUCUUUUCUGUUAAUGGAAUCCCUUGCUGCGAUGGGUCACGGCAGAAACUGGAAAAUUUGAGAGUCUUGGUUGCAAAAUCACUCAGAUCUUCUGUUUUCCGUUGCUUACAUUUCAGUUUGGUGGUCCUGAACAAGAUAAAGUGUCUGCUGAAAUUUUAAACUUUGUUAGUGUAGUGGAUGAAGAAUCGAUGUUUGAAUUGAUUCUGAUACAAAAUGAAUUUAAGAGACAUUCUUGUUAAAUGCGUAUGUGAUGAUAAAAGGGUAAAAAAUGUGUUUUUUUGGUCUGGGUUUCAUGCAAUCUGUUUCUAAAAGGUAAAAAUCUAUUGAGUAUCUUUAUUCAUGCCGUUUCCAUUGAUUCUUCGUAAUUGCUCUUUAUGCACAGUGCCAGCUUUCCAGAAAAGAAAAGAGCCGAGGGAGAGAAACCCUCUAAUAGUUCUCUUGAAGCCUCUCAACGCAUCAAGCUGGACAUGGGUCGUUCAAAUGAAUCAACCAGAACCAAGCAUACUCAAUAUCAUUCAAACACUGAAACUUCAUUGAAGCAGGAGAUUGGCCAGCUCGAGACAAGAUUACAAGAUCAGUUUAAGGUUCGUUGUGCGUUAGAGAAGGCGUUGGGUUAUCGAACAGCCUCUUCUUACAUAUUGAGUGAAACCAACGACAUUCCCAUGCCCACGCCAGCUACUGAUUUGAUCAAAGACAUUGCGGUUCUUGAGAUGGAAGUUAUACAUUUGGAGCAGUAUCUCCUUUCGUUAUAUCGAAAAGCCUUUGACCAGCAAAUCUCUUCCGUGUCCCCAAAUUCAGAGAAGAAGAAGCCAAAGUCUCCUCCUGUAACAACAACAACCCCUAGAAGACGUCUAGAAUUUUCUGAAGAUGAUGAUGAUACACCAUCCAAAACAGAUCAGCCGACCAAUCCUCUGCUUGGUGAUUAUCAAAAUCAACCAAAGGAAACCGAAACGGACCCCAGUUUUCACCGUAGCCACUCCCAGGGAUCAGCAUUUGGGAGUAGAAAAGCUUCUCCGGAAGAUUCUUGGAGUAAAGCCAUCCGCUCUUGCCACUCCCAACCGCUGUAUGUGCAAAACGGAGGAGAAAAUCUAAUCAGUCUAGCUGAACAUCUUGGCACCCGGAUCUCGGAUCAUGUUCCAGAGACACCCAACAAGUUAUCUGAAGGAAUGGUCAAGUGUAUGUCGGAGAUAUACUGCAAGCUUGCGGAGCCGCCUUCUGUGCUAAAUCACAGCCUCUCAUCUCCAAACUCGUCUUUAUCAUCGAGUGCGUUUUCGCCCUCUGACCAGUACGACACAUCGAGCCCUGGAUUGGGAAACAACUCCUCUUUCGAUGUACGUUUAGAUAACUCAUUCCAUGUAGAAGGAGACAAGGACUUUAGUGGUCCUUACAGAACCAUGGUUGAAGUGCUCUGCAUUUACAGAGACGCCAAAAAGGCCAGUGAGGUCGAAGAUCUUCUGCAAAACUUCAAGUCGCUAAUCAGUAGAUUGGAGGAAGUCGAUCCAAGGAAGUUGAAACAUGAGGAGAAGCUGGCCUUCUGGAUAAAUGUGCACAACGCACUUGUGAUGCAUGCCUUUUUAGCUUAUGGGAUUCCACAGAACAAUGUAAAGAGAGUCCUACUGCUACUCAAGGCUGCAUAUAACGUUGGUGGACACACAGUUAGCGCGGAAGCAAUACAAAGCUCUAUUUUUGGAUGCAAAAUGUCUCAUCCUGGACAGUGGCUUAGACUACUAUUUGCCUCAAAGAAAUUCAAAGCAGGAGAUGAAAGAUUAGCUUACGCAAUCGAUCAUCCCGAACCUCUCUUACAUUUUGCUCUUACUUCAGGCAGCCACUCCGAUCCCGCGGUUCGUGUAUAUACACCGAAAAGGAUCCACCAAGAGCUCGAAACGUCGAAAGAAGAGUACAUAAGAAUGAACCUACGGAUACGCAACCAGAAAAUCCAACUGCCAAAGCUUGUGGAGACGUUCGCCAAAGAGUCCGGUUUAUGUCCAGCGGGUUUGACGGAGAUGGUUAACCGGAGUAUACCGGAAUCUUCAAGAAAAUGUCUUAAGAGAUGUCAAACCAAUAGUAAAUCUCGCAAGCCCAUUGAUUGGAUCCCUCACAGCUUUACAUUCAGAUAUCUUAUUCUUAGAGAAGCUGCCAAAUGAAAACUAUUCAUAUAUAAUGUUAAUGUGUGUGUAUAUAAAGGAUCCUUGUCAAUGUCUGAUUAUAAUAAUGUUGUUUCGUUUAGAUGAUUGGAUCUUGUCUGAGUCACUUGGCACUUUCAAAUAUCUCACAGCUUGUACAACGGUCGUAUUAUAAUGAUGUAUCAUAACAUCAAUCAGAUCAAAUCAAAUUAUUCGAUUUAUAUAAUUCCAAAAUACUACUUCAGUAAAUCUCAUCAAACGAUUUGUGAGGAAGGAAUCUGUUUCAUGGAUUGUUAUUUUUUUGUUCGCAUAUAUUAUUAAUCUCAUUUAUUCUAGUAUGGCUUCUGGCCAAUUAUAUUUCCCGGAGGAUUAUAGAAACAAAUGGUCAAAACCGUUGACUCAUUAGUACACGUGGCUUGAGCACAGCCGAGCUCCUUGGAGUCUCUCCACACGACUUGUUUAUAGACCCCACACGUGUGAUUCGCGGCACACUUGUCUGACUUGUAGUCGUAGAAAGGCUUCUCCCUCACCCAAGUCUCCACCGCAAGAGACGGCGUCACGGCCAAACCCUUAGCCCAAAGCUGGUUCGCGCCGUAUUUGCUAGGGUUAAGACUCGCAAACUCGCAUUUCUUCUGGUUCCUCUGGUAACGAGCCAGCAGACUCGCCGCUGCUUCGAGGGUCUGGCUCCAAACUAACGGCGGAACACCGACCAUGGCUCGAGCCCUGUUGUGUGCGUCGGUGAAAGCUUUAGCCGCCGCAGACAUGGCCGGAGCAGGAGCGGUUUGUGUUGGUUUCGAUUUCGUAGGCAGAGAGACAGAGGCGACGGAGAUGACAAGAAGUGCCACGAGGAGGAUGUGAUGAAUUAUAGCCAUUUUGGGUUGGAUAUCGCAACCUGGAAAGAAAACUAUUCGUUUAUAUAGCCAUUAUUAAGGUUAUAAAAACUAUAUAUUAUAGAAGAUGAAUAAUGGAGAAAGAUAUGAAUUGGUGGAAGGAAUUUCGGGAAGGAGACAAAAUAAUAAAACUAGAAGGGAGAGAGGAUCAUGGCACGUGAAAUGGUGAUUGAUCCCUG